AUGGAGACAAGUAUUUCCAAUUACUACAACAUUUCACUUCCUGUUUUCCAUAUUGAAACAAGUGAAGUUUUGCCAAACUUAACAGAACGAAUUACAUUAACCGACGACAUCAGUUUUACCAUUGUUCAAACACACGACUCAUUAAUUCAUGCUCAAAAUCAUAUUGCGGCAUUUUUGCUUAAAAAGCCCGUAGAAUUUGAAAUUAAGACUAACCAUAUUUCUUUGAUCAAUGCAACCGUAGAGGUUCGCAAUUUCAAUGAGAACAAUGAAAAUGCAUCUCGACAUUCUGAACCAAUUAACUCAUUUAAAAUAUUUGUGGCACCAAAUCAGACGGAUCCAUUCAAAUUUAAAUUAAUUGGACAAUUUUCAUCAACAACCAGCACCAAGCUUUAUCAAAAACAAAUUGCUGUGAUUGUUGAAAAUUAUCAGUUGUUGUCACCUCCUUUUUACGUAUUUGCAAAGAAAACAAAAAACCUCGUUUCGUAUUCCCAGCUGAGCCAGGUGGUGGCUUCGUCUCAAGACAUGCAAUAA